AUGAUCCUUGAGACGAGUAGAGACAGUGUGUGUGAAAAAGAGCAGAUUAGUGGUGGUGAGGACAGGUUGGUAGGUAGCGAGCAGACAUGUCACGUCGUUGUGGUGGAGUUCGGCGUUACUGAAAUCCCGAUCAGUGGCGAGCUCAUGUCCGUCGCGUGGUCGGCGUUACUGAAAUGCCGGUGGUACGUGCCUGACUACCCUGAGUGUGGCAGGUUGUGCCCCAAUUACACUAGGGUUGUGCCCAAAGUGGCUCUCCUAUGUAGCCCGAUGCUGUUCAGCCUUAAUUCUUGUGGAAAUGCCACCCUACGACCAGUAGUUGCCCCCCAAGCAAACAUUCCCCUAUAUGACGUCCAGACUGCUUUCCUUCUUGGAGGCUCCCGGAAUGAGGUUGCCCGCCAAGCUUGGCUACAGCGCUAUCCCUAUUUCACAAAUCCCUCAUACAUCCAGGCCCUCGAACAUGGCACCAUCAGAAUUCUCAUUCCCGACCAAGUACAAACUGCUGAAAAGCUGCACCGCUCUGCCAUUGUGCGACCCGUCGAGAAAGUCCCUAAAUUCUGGGCUACCCAUCUGGAUAAUAUCUUUACCCCUGCCCAGCAGUUGGAAUUGGGCACAGCAUACAACUACCUAUCCACUCCACCUGUUCAAUGCCGUGCUCACAAGAAACUUGAUGCAGAGGAUAGAAGACACGGACUCUUUGCUCGCCCAACCUAUCACUUUGGACGAUGGUUGAGGCAAAGAAAUCCAGCCAUAUUCAGUGCCGAUACCAUGCAAGCUGGAGCAAUCCUUGCAACCCAGCAACAAUGUCAAGGAGAUUGCAUCCGGCAGUACGACAAGGAAUUAUUUGCUAGACAAGCUUACACUUCCCUUGUUUCCAACGACCUCACCACCAACAGCCUUCUCCCCCAGGCGGUUGCUCCAGCCUUUCAAACCACUCAAUGUCAACGUCCCUUUGAAUUUGGCGGUUUUGGUACCAUGGUCGCAGCAACAACUGGCCAGUCUGAAAUGGUGCAUAUAGACAUCAAUGAUAGCGAGUACAGUUUGGUGAUGCCUAUUGCUCCUGACGGAUUUGGGGAUGAACAUUUGCCGACUGUUCAGAAGUGGGCUCUCCUUAACUCAAAGGUGGUAGCUACUGAAUAUAUCACUCACUACCGACAACAAUCAAGGAUCACUGAAGAAGUUCAGCAAUCUUUCUUUGCUAGGCGGGGUUAUCGUGACAAAUACCCUCUAGGUUUUUGUAACUUCGCCGUAGUCAGUCUCAGUGAUUCGGGUGGUGGAGGGUCGGUGAUGGUAGUUGUCAGGAAUGUUACGACAUGGUUCGUGACACAGCUCUUCCUCAAUGGGAGCAUCUGUGGUGUAGGCGUGAACAGUGACAGGGGGUGGUUGGGUGCGGGUGCUGCCAUUGUGAAUGUGGAUUGUCUCAGUGUCAAUCCGGAUGUGGAAGGUCAAAGGGUGGCGAGUUCCGUUACACAGCCCAUCGGACGGUGCCAGAUUACAGAGAAGAAUGAGAGGAGAGGAAGUCUUGAGGUUGAGUACAUGGAGAGGGAAGCCAGCAGGCUGAAAGGUGUGCAAAUACUCUUUGGUGAGACCCGUGUUAGAACCAUCCUCAAAUUUGAUUGUUGCGUUCACUAUUUGAGACCGGCUUGCUUUUGGAAUCACGGGAAGGCACUGCCGAAGGUCACCUGCAUGCCAAGGCCCAGAGCUACAGUGUCUUCAGCUGUAGGAUCUGACAAAGACGGAGUGGAACAUAAAGGUUUAGAUGGUCUUGGACCAAGACGAAUGAAGAUGGUCCGUGGUACUGUGAAGUGA